AUGGCGAAGGCGAAGGUGAAAUCGAUACACUCUCGCGCCGCCCGCCGAGCGGCUUCCCCGAGUCUCGACCUUGACAAGUCGCUGACUUCCCUUCCUCGAGCGGAGGGGAAGGUGGUCGAAGCCCCCGCGGUGCUGACAGAACGUGCCAAGGCGGGCGUGUCGAAGAAGCAGUUGAAACCCAGGAACCUGUCGAGAGCGCAGAAGCUGAGGCAGCAGAAGAGCAUGGAUCGCGCGGAAGCCGUGAUGGACCAGCUGGAAACCAAAGUGACCAAGAGCGUGAAGAGGGAGAAGACGGUCAAGGCACGACGGGGCGACUGGGAAGAUACGAACCGCAAAGCGUCCAAAUUUGCCGCGCUGCAAACUCAGUCCACUGGAGACGAUGGAGACGAUGACGGCGACGCCAUGGUCGACGAUUCGACAAAGUCGCAGUCAAAGGUUACGGUGUUGACGCCGGCCUCGAACCCGAACCCGCAGCGUACAGCUCCCGUGAUCAACGACCAUGCAGAUGUCGACAAUUACGAUGACAUCACUUGA